AUGUCGAGUGAUUCUUCCCCAGCGGGCAACUCCAACAACGUCGCCGCCGCUGGCCCCAACGGUGAUGCCAACAACCGUCGUCAGUCUGCAGUGAGCCUUCCCAAAGGUGUCGCAAACGCUAGACCCGGCGCCGCCAUCAAUUUCGGCUCGGUCCACGACCAGAACGCCAUGCUCUCUUCUUCCCCCGCUGCACAGCCCAGUUCCGGUCAGCACUUGCACGGCGAGAAGCCUACUGUCUUUGGCUCUGUAGCCGCACACGACCCUCAGUCGAAGAAGACCACCAUCGGCUUCGCAGGCGGAAAGCCAGACUCUACCAACGGCACGCCCGCCAAGACCAUGGAUUUCCAAAAGCUCUUCCAGGGCGCUGGCUCGCCUGCGCCGUCCCAGGCGACGGCUUCCAACCCAUCCGCAUCGCCCGCGCCAUCCACCCCUGCCCCCGCUUCCACGGCUCCCUCGACGCCGCAGUCCGCUUCGGCUCUACAGAACCAGGGCGGCGCUCGCCAUGCCUCUUCCAGCUUGAGGCCGCCCUCCGGCACGCCUCACCACCCCGGUGCCAGACCUUUCGAGCCACAACGUUCGCCUUCGGCACACCAGGCUCAAGGCUCCCGCAUCGCUUCGCAGGGGCCUCCUCACCAGCAGUUCCACGGUCACCCCCAAGGCGGGCCGCAGCAGCCCCGUUCGCCUCACAUGGCCAAUGCCGUUCCCAUGCAUCCCAUGGGAGGUCCGUGGCAGCACCAGCAGCCCAUGGGCUACGCGCCACCGCAGUAUGGCUACCACCCUGGUUACGGCUACCAACCCGUGCCGCAGCACUGGCAGCAACAGCAACAACAGCAACAGCAACAGCAGCAGUCCGGAUACGACAUGCCUGGAACGCCCCGCUCGCCUCGUCACUCUAACGUCGGCUCAUCGCCCAUGGGCCCCAACGGUCUUCCCGGCACACCCAACAUGGCUCCAUCCACGCCGUUGCCAGCAAGAGGCGUGAACGUGCCACCGUCUCCCUCCACCGCUCACAGCAACGUCGCUUCGCCUGCCCAUCAGCCUCUGUCGCUCGCCCAAGGUGGCCGUCCGCCAAGCUUCAGCCCUGCUGCCAGCUACGCUCACCACUCGCCCUCGCACUCGUUCAGCAACCCCAUGAGCCCCGCAGCGCGCCAGUUUGAGCCCCAGCAGAAGAGGCAGAGCGCCGCCAUCCGCAUCGUCAACCCCGAAACGCAGGCUGCCGUCGACAUCCAAAGCAUUCAGAGGACUCCCUCCGCCUCGCAAAAGUCGACACCCAUUCCUGCUCCUGCCUCCGCUGCCAGCUCACCUAGCGUUGCCAAGGCGUCUCCCGCCAUCGUGACGCCUGCCAAGAGCAACCCUAUCCGCAUGGAGACACAGGAAGCAUUCCUCGCUCGCAUCAAAGCUGAUGCUGAGAAGAAGAAGGCAGAGCAGGACGGCAGUGCCAAGGACGCCGACGCUGCUAAGAAGCAGGCUGACGAACAGGCAAAGGCUGACGCCGACGCCGACGCAAAGAAGAAGGCAGAUGACGAGAAGGCUGCUGCUGCCGCUGCCAAGGAGGCUGCCGCCAAGAAGGAGGCAGAAGAAAAGGCUGAUACCGAGCGCAAGGCCGCCGAGGAAGCGCAGGCCAAGGCCGAGGCUGAACAGAAGGAGCGCGAGGAGAAGGCCAAGGCGGAAGCCGAAGCAAAAGCCGAGGCCGAAAAGGCUGAGCAGGCAAAGAAGGCCGAAGAGGAGGCCAAGGCCAAGGAGGAUGCCGCCGCCGCCGCCACUGCUGCCGAAGCCCAGUCUUCUGCCGAGGAUAGCAAGCCCAAACCUGCACCGAUCGACACCGAAAAGGCUUCGCAGCACCAGGACGCAGACGCUGCUGGCAUGCGAAGCUCCGUCGCUGACGUCGAGCGCAUGGCUCGCGAGGCCUCCUCUGUGCCUCCCUCCAGUCAGGAAGCUCCCAAGACGCCGGGUCUCCCACCCACGCCUCGCACGCCCGGCACGCCUGGAUUCGCUGGCCUCCCCGCCAAGCCUUUGAGCACGCUCGGUACUCCUGCCAACGGCAUCAAGCUCGACAACGAGGCUCUUGAAAAGAAGAAGAAGGUCACCACCACCGAGCCUACCGGUGCCGCUGCCUCGCAGCAUGCUCCUAAGGCUGAGACUUCGGCCUCCGGUGCUUCUUCCUCGCUGACGUCGGCCAAGUUCAUCGACAGCUUCAGCAAGAUCAGCUACCCUACCAACAUCAACUCGCCCAAAUCUGAGCUCAACGAAUCUGCCGAGCCAGGCAAGUUCCGCUACGAUCGAGACUUCCUGUUGCAAUUCAUGAACGUUUACACCGAGAAGCCCCUCGACCUUCCGCCACUGGCCUCGAUCGGCAUGGAAAGCGGCGGCAUGGGCGCCAGCUCUCGUCUCAACCGACGUGCCUCGGCUAUGGGCCCUCCCGCUGCUCCUGGUCGAGCGCAGGGUCUCGGCAUCAGCAGCUCCUCCAGCUUUGGCGGCAAGGGUGCCAUGGGCGCCUUCCCGGCCAAGACCAGCGAGGAGCGCUUCGCUGCUGCCUCUGGUCCACGCGGUGGCGCCAUGGGUGCCUUUGGUGGUCCCAUGGGCUCGUUCAACGCCGGCGCUCGUUCGCAGCCGCUCUCGCGCACCGGCAGUGGCAGCAAUGCCUUGCCUUCGCGUGACAUGAUGGGCACCGGUAUCCCCAACGGUGGCCGUACAAAGAGCAACCGGGGUCGUCAACGCGAUCCCAACUCGAGCCGUGGCCCUCAGGUCAACCCACCCGAGAAGGGGGGUCCCACCAUCCCACUCGACCAGGUCGCUCCCCUGGCCAACUCGGAGAACCGAUGGAGCCGUGGCGCUUCGGUCAAGGCCGACUCGCCCGAGAUGGUACAGCGAAAGGUCAAGGCGUUGCUCAACAAGCUCACGCUCGAGAAGUUCGAUUCGAUCUCGAACCAGAUCCUCGAAUGGGCCAACAAGUCGGUGUCCGAAGACGAUGGCCGCACCCUGCGACAGGUCAUUCAACUCAUCUUCGAAAAGGCCACCGACGAGGCUGCGUGGUCCGAGAUGUACGCACGUCUUUGCCGAAAGCUCAUGGAGGAGGUCAGUCCCGAAGUCAAGGACGAGAGCCUUCGCACGGCCGAUGGCAAGCCUGUCGUUGGUGGCUCGUUGUUCCGAAAAUACCUGCUCAACCGAUGUCAGGAAGACUUUGAGCGUGGCUGGGCUCAGCGCGAUACGGCUGUUGCCGCUGCCAAGUCCAAGGAGGCCGAAGACAAGGCCAAGAAAGACAUCAACGAGAAGGCCGAGGCUGAGGCCAAGGCUGCCGAAGAGCGUGGCGAGAAGUCAUCCGAAGAGCCCAAGGAGGCCGAGCUCUUGUCGGAUGAAUACUACGAGGCUCAGAAGGCGAAGCGUCGCGGUCUUGGUCUCGUCCGCUUCAUCGGUGAGCUGUUCAAGCUUAGCAUGUUGACAGAACGCAUCAUGCACCUCUGCAUCAAGAAGCUGCUUGCCAACGCCACCGACCCCGAAGAGGAGGAGAUCGAGUCGCUCUGCAAGCUCAUGACCACGGUCGGCAAGCUGCUCGACACGGAAAAGGCGCGCGGUCACAUGGACGUCUACUUCCAGCGCAUGAAGGAAAUGUCCAAGAACGAGGCUUCCAUCAACUCGCGUAUGCGUUUCAUGCUCGUCGACGUGAUCGAGCUGCGCGAGUCCAGGUGGGUUCCCCGACACGACAACUCGGCACCCAAGACUAUCGCUCAGAUUCACGCCGAGGCUGCCAAGCAGCAGGCGCAAAAGGAUGCCGAGAACGCCAUGCGUGCUCGUGGCGGUCCCAUCUCGCGCGGCGGUUCCAAGCGUGGCCAGGCUCGCGGCGACGGUCCUGAUGGCUGGAGCACCGUUGGCGGUGCAGCGCCACCUCCUCGUCCCAGCAAGGCCGGCGAUCUUUCGCACUUUGGCAAGAUCGAGCGUGGCUCGUCCGGACGUCCGCUCUCGUUUGGUCCUUCGACCAUGCUCGGAAGGAAGAACCCGGGCAAGGGCUCCGAGGACGGCAGCCAGCCUCCUACCCGCACCAGCUCGCAAACCAACAUGUUCUCGCUGCUCAACCAGGCCGGCGAAGGCGAAGCUGCGCCCAGCGAGGAGCCACAGCGACCCAAGCUCAACCUUGCACCUCGCACCAAGCCGCUUCCUGGCGCCGACGAUGGCGAGGUCGAAGGCGACGCGGAAGGAGAGGGCGAGAGCAGCGACAAGGCCACCGAAAUGUCGGACGAGGAGGCCAAGCGCAAGAUUGCCAACGAUAUUAAGGAGUUCCUCGAGAUCAAGGAUGUCAACGAGGGUCUCGAGGCAUUCAAUGCUUUGCCAUCGUCGCGACGGGCGCAAUUUGUCGAGGCGAUUGUCGGCAGCUCCAUUGAGAAGAAGAAGGACGACGUUGCCAACGUCGCCGCGCUGUUUGCCAAGCUCAGCGAGGAGGGCAACCUGGACGAGGAUACCGCCUUCAAGGGCUUCGAGCCGCACAUGGAGUUCCUCGACGAUGCGUCCAUCGACAUUCCGGCCAUCUACUCGUUUGUUGCGGAUCUGUUGGUGGGCGCGAAGCUGUCGCAGGAGAAGAUCGAGGAGUUGGCCGGCAAGAUCGAAGGAGACGGCCUCAAAACCCCCAAGGACAAGCUCCUUGAAAAGGUUGCUGCAGCCCGAGGAUGA